UUCCCCCGCCUCGCCGCGCCAGCUGCCGAGGGAGCGCACACGCUGCUGUGCUGCAUUCAGCAGCGCCCUGCCUAGCCUCCCCCCAAACCUCUACUCUCCUCGGCGGCGGGCUUGUGUAUUUAUUCUCUCCCACUCACUAGGCAAGAGCCAUGAAGGGAGGAUGCCUUACCCCGUGGACGAUCGCUGGGCUUCUCUGGCUGGGGCUCCUUUUGGCAGCCGCUGAGAGAGCCGUCUACACGAAUCAUUUUUUGGUGGAGUUGCACCGAGGGGGCGAGCCAGAAGCGAAGCAACUCGCGGCCGAAUAUGGCUUUAGUGGGGUCCGGAAGCUUCCCUUUAUAGAUGCUGGGUACCAUUUUUAUCAUAAUGGCAUCUCCAGAGCCAGGAGAAGACGCAGUCUUCAGCACAAGCUUCAUUUGGAAAAAGACCCGAGGAUAAAGAAGGCUGUGCAGCAGGAAGGCUUUGGCAGAAAAAAACGAGGCUAUAGAGAGAUCAAUGAAAUUGACAUAAACAUGAACGAUCCUUUAUUUACAAAGCAAUGGUACCUGAUCAACACUGGUCAAGCAGAUGGGACCCCUGGCCUUGAUCUAAAUGUGGCUGAAGCCUGGGAGCUGGGAUAUACAGGGAAAGGUGUUACCAUAGGAAUUAUGGAUGAUGGAAUUGAUUAUCUUCAUCCUGAUCUUGCCUCAAAUUAUAAUGCCAAAGCCAGCUACGACUUCAGCAGUAACGAUCCCUACCCGUAUCCCCGCUACACAGAUGACUGGUUUAACAGUCAUGGAACCAGGUGUGCAGGGGAAGUGUCGGCUGCAGCAAACAAUAACAUCUGUGGAGUUGGCGUGGCAUACAACUCAAAGGUGGCAGGUAUCCGAAUGCUGGACCAGCCUUUUAUGACAGACAUUAUUGAGGCUUCUUCUAUCAGUCACAUGCCGCAAGUCAUAGAUAUAUAUAGUGCCAGCUGGGGGCCAACUGAUAACGGAAAGACUGUGGAUGGACCUAGAGAACUAACUUUGCAAGCCAUGGCAGAUGGUGUGAACAAGGGCCGUGGCGGCAAGGGAAGCAUCUACGUCUGGGCCUCUGGAGAUGGUGGCAGCUAUGAUGAUUGUAACUGUGACGGCUAUGCAUCAAGCAUGUGGACUAUCUCCAUCAAUUCUGCUAUUAAUGACGGCCGGACAGCUCUGUAUGAUGAAAGCUGCUCUUCGACCUUGGCUUCCACGUUCAGCAAUGGGAGGAAGAGAAAUCCCGAAGCUGGUGUGGCUACUACGGAUUUAUAUGGCAACUGUACCUUACGUCAUUCUGGAACAUCUGCAGCUGCACCUGAGGCUGCUGGCGUGUUUGCAUUGGCACUGGAGGCUAACCUAGAUCUGACGUGGAGAGACAUGCAGCAUCUGACAGUGCUCACCUCCAAAAGGAACCAGCUUCAUGACGAAGUCCAUCAAUGGCGUAGAAAUGGUGUUGGUCUGGAAUUUAACCAUUUGUUUGGCUAUGGAGUCCUCGAUGCUGGGGCAAUGGUUAAAAUGGCAAAAGACUGGAAGACUGUUCCAGAGAGAUUCCACUGCGUUGGAGGAUCAAUACAAGAACCUGAAAAAAUACCAUCAAGUGGCAAGUUGGUUCUAACACUCACAACUGAUGCUUGUGAGGGGAAAGAAAACUUUGUCCGCUACCUAGAACAUGUGCAAGCAGUUAUAACCGUGAACUCUACUAGACGAGGGGACCUCAACAUCAACAUGACAUCACCUAUGGGGACUAAAUCCAUUUUACUGAGCCGACGUCCAAGAGAUGAUGACUCCAAGGUGGGUUUUGACAAAUGGCCUUUCAUGACAACACACACUUGGGGAGAAGACCCCAGAGGCACUUGGAUUCUGGAAAUUGGAUUUGUUGAUAGUGUGCCACAGAGGGGAGUACUGAAGGAAUGGACACUGAUGCUACAUGGGACACAAAGCGCACCAUAUAUAGACCAAAUAGUAAGAGAUUACCAGUCCAAACUGGCUAUGUCCAAGAAGGAAGAGCUGGAAGAAGAAUUAGAUGAAGCGGUAGAGAGAAGUCUGAAGAGUAUACUGAGCAAGAACUAGCACUGUUCUGCAUGUUGGUCUCUCUUUCCUUUCUAGAUCAUUCUACUCACCUUUCUACUAUCCAGACCUCUGUGUUAGACACAUUACAAUGUCUCCAAUGCCAAAUUACCAUACUUUAUUGAUUUUAAAGUCUUAGAUCCUGUCAAUGAUUAUUUUAAUUACAACCGAAGCAAUCUUUUUUUUCCUCUAAGCCACAAAUAUGUUGUUCCCUAUCAACUACUCUGUACAGUUUGUGACUGUAAAUGAUUGUGUCAUACAAAUAGGUAAUAACUUGCAAACAAAACCGUGAUGGCUUUUCCCUUCAUAUUUUUGUGGUAAAUGUUGUUUGUAUUUAAAAAUUUUAAAAAAGAGGGAGUAAAUUUUAAAACUGACAGUGGUAAUGAACCCAUUUGGUCAGCUUUCAUGAUAGAGAUGUUAACAGUAACAAGUUGGCUAGAGAUGCCUUUGAAUGACCAACAGCCUGAUUCUGCACCAUUGACUUCAAUGGGAGUUUUCCCAUUGGCUUCAGUAAGAAUAGGCAUAGGCUGUAAAAGGAAAAAAUAAUCCUGAGAUGAAGAAUGAUGGUAACCUCCUCUUGGAAAUUGCCAUUUCCUUUUUACUUAUACACACCACAGAACAUUUUUUGACUUAGAGAUGAUUCAUUUGUAUGUAAUAAGUGAGAUAAAAUGUCUGAUAAAAGAUGUGCAUUAGGAAACAGGGUCCAAAUGUUCUAAAAGCACAAGUAUUUUUUUUAAAUUUGGUAAUUCAGAUCAAUUUAUGCCAAAUCAUCACAUUUGGGAAUGAAAUUCAAAAUGGAGAGCUACCCUUCUGCGAUGUGCAUCUGCUCUCCUUUAUACUGAAAUGUAUUAUAGCAGCAUAAGAUAAGGCUGUGUCAGCAUUUCCAUUACAGACCCCUAUAUUCUGGGGUUGUUAAUUUGCUAUAGGAGAAACUUGGCAUAUGAACUUUCAGUCCAAAAGCAAUUUUUAAUUCAAAUUUUCUUAUUUUAAAUAGUAGAGUUUGUCAGUUUUGAAUUGUACCUGUUUAUUUAAGAAGAAAAGCUGCUUAGAUUGUUUUGAUAUGUGCACAAUGCAAAGUUAGUUUUGACUAGCAAUAAAAAAGAAUAAAUUUGUGAAAAAUUAUCCCAUAAAUCAUUGUUGCUGUUUAAAGGACCUAGUCUUCAAACUCUUACACUUAGGAGUGUUUUUAGCAUCUGAUCCAAAAAAGUAAAUUAAACCUCUCAGAGCCUGAUCUAUCUUACUGCCAUUGACCUCAAUGGAGAUGACACACAGUGGCAAACACAACACCCAAAAGUGUUUGUAGGACUAGGAGCCCAGUUAGUAAUCUCUGAAUAGUAACUACAGGCCCAAUCCUGCAAACGCUUGUAUACUUGCUUAACUUUAAGUACAUGAGUCGUUACUUUGGCUUCAGCAGAACUACUCCAUGUGCAUAAGUGUUUGCAGGACUGGGGCCUAGGAUGUUGGCAGUAAUUAGUUUCAGAAUUUGAUUAUUUUCUAUUUUUAAUAUGCAGAAUAUGCACCUAAAAUGUGUGUUAUCAAGAGCUGCUUGGGUUAAUCAGUUGCAAACUACAAUUAAAAUGAAUACGUAUUUACCUAAUGAUUAAAAAUGAU